AUGGCGGGCAGCCUCGGGGCGCUGCCUUACCUGGCAACCGGGGCGGGCGCCGCCGGCGCGUCCUUCAGCGCUCCCCCCGCGGCGGGGCCGCGCUCAGCCCCGGCCCCUCCCGGUGCGCGGAGCGGCGCGGAGCGGUGCGCCCCCGCGCAAGUUCGGGCGGCGGUGGGCGCCGGCGGGCAGGGCGAGGCGAGGCGGAGGCGGCCCGGGGGCUGCGCGGCGCCGGGAGCGCCGCCACACUGCAGCGUCUCCAGGAAUCCCUCCCGCGAGAGGCAGCCCAUCACCCCCGGCCCGCCGCCCUCAUUGGCUGGGGGGCGGGGAGAACGGAGCCGCCGGCCAAUCGCGCGGCGCCCAGCAUGGGUGGAGCCGCCGCGCCGGCCUCGCCCAUCCCGCGGCCGCGCGGUCCCCGGCCGCCCCGUCGGGCGGGGCCGAGCGCCGAGGGCAUCCCCGCGCGCACCCCGUUCCGUGCGCGGCCCCGCGCGGCCCCGCGCACCGCUGCGGGAAGCGGAGGCGGAGGCGGUGGUGGUGGCGGUGGCGACCCCCCGGUGCUGGGCUCGCCCCGGAGCAGCCCGCAUCGCCCGCAGUUGUAUUCAGGGAAGAAGAAGGUGUCCUGUCAUGAGAAAAUGGAAGAAAUAUGCAGUGAGAGAAGAAAUGAUGUUCUAAAACUGAGUCCUAUUCCUUUUUUUUUUUUUAAUGUGCAUCAAAAGAGAAUAUUAAGUAGUGUCUACAAUUUAGAAGAUUCAUCAGGAACCAUGAUAAGUACAAAUUAAGAACCUGACUCUGAUCCAUCCUUCAUAUUCCUUGUUUUUAAUUUAGACUUUGACUGAGCCAGAGGUACAGGAGCAUCUGGGAAGCAUCUGAAUAAAAAAGCAAGAGCAGAAAUGG